CUUGUAUUUCAUUUGAAUCAAAAUUAUGAUAAAAUCCAAUAAGGAACUUCAAUAAUAUAGAGGCACAAACUUGCCCCAAAUAAUUAUAUGUAAGUAUGUGAGAUUUUGAAAUGAAUUUAAACUGUAUUCUCAUAACAAUAUUGUUAACAUUCUUAGAUGUUUAUAUUCUAAGCAAUUUGUAAUUCACUUUACAGACGUUUCAUUCAAGUACCAAAGGUUUGGUCUUAUCUUCACGUUGAAACAACUGAUCUUCAUAGCAUACAUGGCUGCGAUUACUUUAAAAUAUUUCAUGUCCUUAAACAGUUCUUUCACUCCAUCUUUCAAGAAAACCAACUUUAAAAGUAACCCUCUGCUUCUCCAAGUCAUCUGCAUCAUGGGUUACGCUGUCUUUCGAACCGUAGUGCUCAAUCUGUAUUCUUUCAUCUACCGCACGAAAAAAACAUUAUCCUGUUUAAAUUUGGCGGUAAAACUGCUGUCAAAAGUAGAAGGAAAUAUAAAUAAAAGUGUUUUUUGGAUGGUUCUAUUGGUAUACGUGCUUCUAUUCACCGGAUCCUUUGGAAUUCUUGCCAGAUGCUUCGGCACCGUGGCUUUCCUCGAAGCCGCUCCUUUUGUUUCCAACAAUCUGCAAGAGAUUGCAAUCAUCUGUUUGUUGGUAACGAUGCUCACCAUCAUCGCAAUUUCCCUUGAGGACAUCAACAGUGCUCUUGAAGCCCUGGACCACCGGUGUGUGGAUGCCUCGCCAAGGCUACAGAGACUAAUGAACCGUCACUGGGAGUCUUGCAAUCUGUUGGACAGUCUGAGUCAAUGUUUCGGCCUCGAUGUUGUCUUACAAUGUUGGUAUAACCUCAACAAGAUCGUCCUCCUCACCUACUACUCGUAUUUCAUGUUCGUCACCAAGUUCAGGGUCUACACCGACCAUCUCAGCACGCUGAUCGACGUCCCCUACAGAUUCUUUGUGGUCUGGUACCUCGGAAGCAAGUGCGACUGGAUUAGCUAUCAGACAGAGGAAUCCCGCCGCUUGCUAGCAGAGCUGCUUAUUCACCACAACGACAAGUUGGAUGAAACAUGUAAGACAAUGAUAAACGUGUUCCUGCUGCGCCUGCGCAGUCGGUCCGCACAGUUCUCCGCUUGUGGCCUUUUCAUUCUUGACAGGGCUAAAUUUUACGGUAUGUUACAGAUGGCUGUCACCUACAUAGUUGUGCUGGUCCAAUUCCACAGUUUCAUGUAGACCAAACAGUUCUAUGAAUAUGAACACUGAUGGUUUAUUUUGGUUUUGGCUGAUGUAAUUUGUGUCACUCAAUAAAUACUUGUGAUUUACCAUA